CAUUCAUGUUCAACGCCGAAAUCAAAAUAUUUCCAGAGACGGGCAUUGAACUUCUACCCGAGUUCCCUAGAUAUCGUUUUAAAGCCUUCUUUUUUAAAAUCAUUGUAACAGCCCAGAUGGCUGGUUUACCUCCGGGUGACCCUCAGCUGGUCGCCAUGAUCGUAAAUCAUUUAAAAACACAGGGACUUUUUGACCAGUUCAGGAGAGAUUGCUUGGCGGAUGUCGAUACAAAGCCUGCGUACCUGCACCUGAGACAGCGAGUGGACAACUUUGUGUCUAAUCAUCUCUCUAACCACACAUGGAGUCCUCAGCUCAACAAGAACCAGCUGAGGAACAGCAUCAGGCAACUCGUGCUCCAGUCGGGCUUGUUGGAGCAGGGAGUCGAUCGGAUUGUUGCGCAGGUCGUUGACCCCAAAGUUCAGCACACCUUUCGGCCGCAGGUGGAACGAGUCGUCCGUCAGUUUCUGUCUCCUGGCAACCACGUGGAGGAGGAGGAGCCUGCACACGCCUUCACGCACGUGGGGGAAAACCAGGACGCUCAGCUGCCGUCUCCAGCGAGCUCCUCAGCUCCGUUCUCAGACUCCGCCCUCUCUCAGAGCCACGAUCCCUCUGUUCUAAAGACGCAGGACGGAGGAGAGGAAGACAUGAGCCUGGUAGAGGAUGAUGAGAAGGAAGCAGAGAGGACAAAGGAGGAGGAGGAGGAGGAGGAGGAGGAGCAGGAAGAGAAGCUGGGAGGGAAUGACGAUGAGACGAGCAAAGAGCGGGAGGAGGAGGAGAGACAGAAAGAGGUGGAGAUGAUGGAGGUGGAUCAGCGGUCAGAGGAGCCUGAAGAUGUCAAGAAGGAGGAAGAGGAAGAAGAGCAAGAGGAGGAGGAGAAGCAAAAGAAAGGAGAGGAGGAAAAAGAAAAGAAAGGAGAGGACGUGAAAGAGAAGAAAGGGUCAGGGAAGAACAGGGAGGAAAGCAGCACCGACAAACUGCACAUUCGCCAGAAAGCAAGAGAACGACUGAAAGAAGAAUACUCUCUGGAGGACUCAGAUCUGGAGGGUUUGAGUGACAUCACAGUGAGUUCAGUCCACACGAGCGACCUUUCGUCUUUCGAGGAUGACAGUGAGGACGAGGAGCCUCCUUCUGAAUCCACAGAGGAAGGAGAGAUCACCUCAGAAGAUGAAAAGCUUCAGAAGAAGGUUGCCGGAGAGGAAUCUGAUGAGAAUAAGGAGAAAAAACCUCGUGGUUCCCGCCAAGGCUACAUUCACAAACCUUUCCUUUACUCCCGUUACUAUAGCGACUCUGAUGACGAGGUUACAGUGGAGCAGCGACGUCGUUCUGCAGCAAAGGACAAAGAGGAAAGACUGCUGAAGCGCCAACAGAACCGGGAGCGUCUUGAGGAAAGGAGGCGGCAGAAGGCAGCGCAGGCAGAGCUGCAGGAAAAGGAAAAGCAGGAGGUUCAGAGACCUCAAGCAAAAGAAGCACGGAAAGAGAAGAAAGUUCUGGAAAAGAAAGUGGCACUCAGCAGAAAGAGGAAGAGAGACUCACGGAAAGAGGACGACUCUGGCAGCAAGAAGAAGAGUGACGGAGAUCCUGAAUCCGUAAAGAAAGAUGAUGCAGUGAAGUCCAGAGCAAUCUCUCAGAAGCCUGUUAAGAAGCUGUCUGAGGAAGAGCAGCGGAGGAGGAAGAGCAUUUCAGAGGAUUCGGGCGAGCCACGCAAAAUCCUUGACAAAAACCGUACACACUCGUUCAUCCUGGACCUGGAGCUGGGAACUGAGGAGGCCCUUCGACAGCGAGGCAGUGGGAAGAAUGAGCGACAUGCUCGCAGAGAGAGAGAGCGAAAAGAGAGUGAGAAAGAGCGUGGUGUGUCAGAUGAGCGAGCCAGGUACAAGCAGAAGCCAGAAAGUAAGAAAGGAGGAGAGGCUGUGGCAGAGGAAAAGGAGGGAGGGGUGGUGAAAGGUACAGUCGAUGAAAAAGUAGAGAAAAAAGGGUCAAAGUUUAAAGGAGACAAGAAGGGCUCGGUGUCAGCAAGGGAGGGAAGGCUUUCUGUGACGGAGGGAUCAGCCCCAGAGGAGGGAACGAGCAAGGAUUUGAAGAAAGAAAAGCUGUCCUCAGAGACUAUGAAAGAAAAAAUAAAAGGGGAGAAAUCAUUGGGCAAGACUGAACCAAAACAGCAUCGUCUGGAUUCCACUGGCUCCACAGAGGAGAGGUCAGAGGGUGAGGCUGCUUCUGAUUUCAACAGGAAGAAAGUCAAGCAAGCUAAAGACAUUUUGAAACGGUCAAAAAGUCACCCUGAGAUUAAAUCUCUAGAGAAGGUCAAGGUCAGGCAAGAUGGCAAAGAUGUAGGUGCUGGUAGUAAAGACAAGAGCUCCACCUCAGAGGUUACCAAACAUAGCUCAGACACAAAGGUCAAGAAUUCAGAGGCAGGUCCAAAGGUCAAAUCUAUGUCAGAAAAAACAAGAUCCAAGUCCAGAGACUUGAAAUCUCAGAGUCCAUUAAUGACCAAGACAGACAAGAAAGCCCAAGGUCCAGAAGCCAAGGGUAAAGCAGGAGCGGCCCCUAGCAAGAUGGACUACUCCAAGGAGAAGAAAAAGGAGGGAGUGACGAAAGAGGAUAGGAGAUUCUCAGAAGACCGUGAGAAAGGGAAGGAUGCAAAGAGUACAAAGAAAAUGACUGAGAAGAAGACAAAAGACUCAGAGAAGAAGGGAGGAGACAGUGAGAAUGAAAGAAGAAUCUCUGAAGCAGAUGACCUUUCUUCCAGUUCCUCUGUUCCAUCAACUCUUGCUGAAGAGGUACCGUGUGGAGGCAGAAUGGCUUCUCAGCCUUCAAACACUCAAGCGCAACAAGCUUCAGUGUCCUUCACAAUGUCUGAUCUUACAACUCAGCAAGUCUCAGAGUCUCUUGGCGAAUCAGAUCUCAAAACCCCACAGGUUUUUGAGUCCCUUACAGAGUCUCAUGUCUCAACCCCACAUGUCAUGGAUUCUGCUGCAGAGUCUGGUUCCACAGAUCAGUCCGUCUCAGAGUCUCUUAGAAAGUCUGAUCCUUCUUCAGACUCACAAGCUAUGGAUACAGAGUCUGAUCCUGCAGCCUUACAAUCCACAGAUGUGGAGUCUAAUUUUACAGCCCCACAAGCCAUGGAUACAGAGUCUGAACCUACAGCACCACACGCCAUAGAUACAGAAUCUGAUAUUACAUCCCCUCAAGCCAAUGCUGCAAAAUCUGAAUCUCCACAUGUCUUUGAAGUACCCACAGAAUCUUCUGAAAAAGAACAAAGUCAACCUACUGAGUCUGAUCUUGCUACUACAACACCACCACAAUCCUCAGAAUUAAUUUCAGUGUCUGAUCUUACAGUCCCUCAGUCCACAGAUUCACAUCAAAGAUCUGAUCUCAUGAAUCCUAACUCCUCAGAGCAUGAUUUCACAGUUCCUGAAACAUCAGACUUAAAGCCAAAUACUGAUCUCAUCCUCCCUCAGUCCUCAGACUCAAUCCCAGCAUCCAUUCUCACUGUCCCGGAGUCCUCAGACUCCAUCUCAGACUCUGAUCUCACAGUUGCCCAGCCCUCAAACUCAGUCCUAGCAUCUGAAUUCACAGUCCAUCAGGAUUUCGGCACGGUUCCUAAUCCGCUUCCUGCUGAUGAUAACAGCACCUCUGUCCCUGACGACAUGUAUGAUGCCCUGAGUGACAUCACUCCAGAUCCUGAAGACGAGGAGGAGGCCACCAUGAGACUGGCUGAGAGCCAGCCUCAGCCCCGUCCCAUCCCUGCAGAGGCAGACGCACUCCUUUCCUUGAUGGAUGUCUGUGCUUCUGUAGGUGUAAGCAACUCCGCUGGUGCAUCUGAUGGACAGGAAGUUGAGAGUUCGUUCCUGGAUGCAGAUAUAAAAAUGAAGGAAGCAGCGCUCACGUUACUCUCCAUGGAUCCAGAUCAGGCAGUUUUGCCAAGUUUUAUCGCUGAAGAUGCACUUGUUGCUGGGCAGCAGGUGGAGUCUUUGGCCUCAGACCUGGUUGACAGGACAAGUGGGAUAGAGCCGCCUAAAGAAGUUACAAAUGAUUCUGAAAGUGAAUCUUCUGCUCGUGACUCAGAGGAAGGAGCCAAACACACUGAAGCUCUAGCCAGCACAGUCAUUGAUGGAAAGGCCACAGACACAGUGUCUAUAGAGGAAGCAACGUCUGAGAUCAACAACGGUGAAACUAAAUCAAAAGCAAAGUCUGACGUUUCUAGACCAGAAAUCUCUGCUAAUGAUGAACCAGCAGGAGAAUCUGCUGAGAUUGAUUCCAGCCAAAUACACACACACACUCCGAGUGAAAGCAUACUCGCAGCUGAGGGCACAAAGAGCAAAACAGAGAACACCGCGCAAGAUGCCCGGGCUCAAGAGGCAGAGGUGCAAAAAUCACAGGCCCAGGUGCAGGAGGUGCUGGAGGCCCAGGUGCAAGAGACAGAGGUGCAGGAGUCGCAGGAGACCAAGGUGCGGGAUGUGCAGGAGGCAAAGGUGCAAGAGGUACCAGAGGUUCAAUUGCAGGAGGUAAAAGCAGCACAGGAGCAGGCGGCACAGACCCAGGAUGUGCAGAUGCAAGAGGCAAGGGAACAGGAGGUGCUGGAAGCACCGGUUCAGGAAGCACAGGCAGAUGAGACAAAGGCACAGGAAAUGCAGGAGUCCCAGGCGCAGGCGUCCCAGGCGGUGCUGGAGGCCCAGGUGCAGGAGGCACAGGAGGCAAAGGUGCAAGAGGUACCAGAGGUUCAAGUGCAGCAGGCAAAAGCAGCACAGGAGCAGGAGGCACACACCCAGGAUGUGCAGAUGCAAGAGGCAAGAGAGCAGGACGUGCUGGAAACACCGGUUCAGGAAGCACAGGCAGAUGAGGCAAAGGCACACGAAAUGCAGCAGUCCCAGGCGGCGGCAUCCCAGGCGGCGGUGUCCCAGGCGGCACAGGUGCAAGAGGUACCAGAGGUUCAAGUGCAGGAGCAGGAGGCACAGACCCAGGAUGUGCAGAUGCAAGAGGCAAGGGAGCAGGAGGUUCAGGAAGCACAGGCACAUGAGGCAAAGGCACAGGAAAUGCAGGAGUCCCCGGCGCAGGAGUCCCCGGCGGCGCAGGCGACAGAGGCGCAGGAGUCCCCAGCGGCGCAGGCGACAGAGGCGCAGGAGUCCCCGGCGGCGCAGGAGUCCCCGGCGGCGCAGGAGUCCCAGGCGGCGCAGGAGUCCCAGGCGGCGCAGGCGACAGAGGUGCAGGAGUCCCUGGCGGCACAGGCGACAGAGGCUCAGGAGUCCCAGGCGACAGAGGCGCAGGAGUCCCAGGCGGCACAGGCAACAGAGGCGCAGGAGUCCCCGGCGGCGCAGGCGACAGAGGCGCAGGAGUCCCAGGCGGCGCAGGCAACAGAGGCGCAGGAGUCCCAGGCGGCGCAGGAGUCCCAGGCGGCGCAGGCGACAGAGGCGCAGGAGUCCCAGGCGGCGCAGGCGACAGAGGCGCAGGAGUCCCAGGCGGCGCAGGCGACAGAGGCGCAGGAGUCCCAGGCGGCGCAGGCGACAGAGGCGCAGGAGUCCCAGGCGGCGCAGGCGACAGAGGCGCAGGAGUCCCAGGCGCAGGAGUCCCAGGAGGCGCAGGUGUCACAGGUGUCCCAAGAGAAGAAGACGGAGGCGCAGGAGACAGAGGCGCAGGAGACGGAGGCGCAGGCGCAGGAGACUGAGGCGCAGGAAGCAAACGCACCAGAUGCCCAGGAGGCACAGAUGCAAGAGGUGCAAACCCAGGAGGCACAGACGCAGCCAGCACGUAGAGGGCGACGUCCAAAAUUAGUUAAACGAUCCAGUAGUGUGUCUAAGUCAGAUGGACAAGAAGAGGAUAAAUCUGAUGUGUCAGAAGGGGAUGAGCGUUUGGAAGGCAGAGUGACCCGCAAAGGACGAUGGUCCAGUCAGAGAGCCGCGUCAGCCCAGGAAACUGCAUCCAAAGCUCAAAGUCAGGAGGCCAAAGACACGGAGACUAACAAACCGUCGCAUAAAAAUAGUGAGGAUGAGGAGGCUGAAGAAGGAAGUGGAAUUACACAGAAAAAAUCUUCUAAGGUCCCAGCUGCUUCACAGAAAGAAGCUUCAUCAAAGCCUGAAGAAGCAGAGACAACGGGAGAGGAAGGAGAGCAAAAAGAGGUGCGUCGAGGAAGGCGUUCUGUAGCUCAGACGACCCCCGCAGCGAAACCAGCACUGAGGAGAAAGAGGUCUGACCAAACUGAGGAUCCUGAGAAAGAGGGAAACGUGAGUAAAAUGGAACUUGCAGCUGAGGAGAAGGAAGAGAAGCCCGUGAAGAGAGCACGACAAGAUAGUGAGAGUCUGACUGAGGAAGAAGAGGAAGGAAAAGAGCAGAAAAAAGAGGAGGACCAAGACACAGAGAGCUCUAAAGAAAAAGCUGAGGAAGAGGAACCAGUGAGAAAGACUCGACGCCGAGGCAGAUCCUCAAAAAACACUUCUAAUGUGGAUGACUCCGGUGCAAUUGCAGCCCAAGAGAAGAGAGAGGGAGAGACGGAGACUGGAGAAGAGGAUGAGAAACAGGAAGAGGAGGAAACAAAAAUUAGAGCCACGACACGUUCUGCAUCUCGGCUGGAGGCUGAGAAAAAUAAGCCAAGUAAGCCAUCAACCAGAGCAGUGAGCAAGCUGAGUGGGAAAGAAGAGAGUUCUCCAAACACGCGUUCCUCUCGUUCUAGUGCUGCUGCAGUAAAGGGCCGUAAAGGCGAGUCGAGUUCUCCAACACCUCGGACUCGUGCAGGCCACAAAACUGAAGAACCGCCCUCAAAGAGAACCAAACGAUGAUGUGAAUUUGUAUAUAUUAUGUAUGUAGCCCAGUCACCUUUAUGCUAAUUACGUAUUUCUUGUUUGGUGCAACCAGAGUGACUCUGUGUGGCUCUUUCACUGAAAUUACAUCAUCAUUUAACGUGAUCACGCCCACCUGCAGAUGUCACACAGAGACGUGUUUUUAACCUCACUGACACUCUCCUGUUGACCAGCUUCAUGCCCUCAGGAUUGUGGCCAAGCAUAUAAGUUUUAUAACCAGCUAAGAUUAGCAUGUAUGAGCAGUACUGAAUUGUUCUUGAUGGUGUAAUAUUUGUCUGUUUUCUUCUUGUGUACAGUUUAUCUCAAAGUUCCAGAAUAUUUUGAUCUCAAAACAUAUUUACAAAUAUGUACAAACCCAAAGUGUUCUAGAAUGUGCUUUCAGAAAGUCCUAGAACCAGAACUAUUGCUGUGAAGUUGCUAUAGAAUUCCAAGUCUCCAACUGUAACACAACAGAACACUUUUUCUGUUGGAAAACAUGAAAAGCAUGUGUUCUAGAACUUUUGGAAAAUGUUCUAAAAUGUGUUUUCAGAAAUACUUAGACCCUGAACACUUUUUAAGAAAAGUGCUAGAAUCAGACUGUACUCUGUUGGAAUCCGAAGUGUUCUAGAAUGCAUUUUCAGAAUGUUCUAGAACCACUAUAUCACAUGGUCUGAGGUAAAUCCUUAGUGUUCUGGAUCCAGGAGGCUGUAGAAUUCCACAAACAAUAGCACACUUUGCUUUCCCUGUUGCAAAACUUGAAAAGAGCAUAUUCUGGAACUGUCUAAAAUGUGCUGUCCAAUAUAUUUCAGAAAGAACCACCCUGUGGGUUUAUCCUGUGUUCCACUAGGGUUCUAAAUAGUGUAGGUAGAGAUGGGUAAACCUGGAAAAUUGCGUGAGAAUCAACUUCAUUACACAUAUAUACUGUUGGGGAAAUGCGUGCUGUUUCCUUUGGUUCUAUUUCAGAACAGGUAUCCGUUAUGUACACAUUUUAAAAAUGUUUAGAUUCUCAUUCUGAAAGGAAUUCUGCUACUAGACAUGUGCCAAUAAUCAAUAACAAAUUUCAGAUAGAGCAUUUGAGAACUGUUUUUUCCCUGAAAUCUGGCAAGGUACAUAACAUUGUGGAAAUAUCAAAACUGAUCAUCUAAACCUUGAAAAAACCCUUGGUAAAUGAUUGCAAUAUGAACACACAGCUCAAACCAAUCCACGUUCAAUACAGUACCAUCUACACUCCUACUGAAAAGGUUCUAUCUAGAUGCUUUUCCCCCCCCUAAGAGUGUACUCAAAUGUUACUUGUUCCACACAGUGAAAAAAUGUUUAGUUUAUUAUGUCUUUUGGUUCAUUUUGUUGUGUACCCGCUGAGCCUGUUAGUGAGUUCAGUUGCAUGUGUGUUGAUCCUGUUGGCGUGUUCAACAUGAAGACAUUCAUUCUGUGAAUGUAAAGAACUGAGCUAUUUCUUUUAUACAUUUAGCUUUUAUUAUAAAGGCCACUGGGACCA